AUGCUGGAUUUGAAACAGGGCCAACGAGUGCUGGAUGUUGGCUGCGGACUCGGCGGGAGUGACUUCUACAUGGCUAAGGUACAAGCGCAAAUAAACCUUUGAAUAAGAAUGGUGACGGCGGUUGGCCCUGGCAGCCUCGCAUGGUGCUUCCACAGAGUACAAGAGGAUGGGUCUCUACUCCCAAGGAGCUUACACAACUAAAAUCCAACACAAGGGGGAAGGGGCUGGCUGGAGCUGAUGGACGUUAGCUUCCCCACAGCUUCUGGAGGGCCACAGAUUCCCCACCCCAGGUUUACAGAGCAGCGGAAAAGAAGGAAUGAUGCAAGAGUGCAACUUGUGACAUCACAGUAUUGCAUCAUCAGCCAUCAUUCCAUCUUCUAUCAGACUGUAUGGCCUUUUUGACAUGCAUGCCAUCCAUGUCCCUUAUCCCAGAAAACAUGGGUUGACUGUGAGCAUAAGAAAAGCCUGUCUGCUGGAUCAGGCCCAAAGUCCAUUUAGUCCAGCAUCCUGUUCUCACGGUGACCGCCAGAUGUCUGUAGGAAGCCCCCAAACAGGAGAAGUGCUGCUGCAACUCUCUUCACCUGCAAUUUCCAGCAACUGGUAUUCAGAGGCUGGAACACAGCCAUCCCAGCUAGUAGAUACUGAUAGUUGUAUCUUCCAUGAAGUCUAUUUAAGGUUUUAUAGGUCAAAACCAGCACUUUGACUUGGGCCUGGAAACUGACUGGUAGCUACUGCAGUUGGGCCGAGAUCGGUGUAAUAUGCUCAAACCGCCUUGCCCCAAUGAGCAACCUGGCCACUGAAUUCUGCACCAGCUGAACCGUCUUCAGAGGCAGCCCCACGUCUAACACCUUGCAGUCAUCUAACCUAGACAUCAGAUUACUGCAAUGGGGAGGGCUGACUUAAGACUCUAGUGCUGGCAGUGACGUAGCGUGGGAGGGGGGGGCACGGGCACACAAUUGUUAGGGGUGCAAAAUUUCAACACCCGGUGCUGCCUCAAUGCAGCUAAGCACUUCCAUCGCUGGGCUCCAUUGAAAACAGCUUCUCCAUGCGAACGAAUAAUAAUAAUAAUAAUAAUAAUAAUAAUAAUAAUUUUAUUAUUUAUACCCCGCCCAUCUGACUGGGUUUCCCCAGCCACUUUGGGUGGCUCCCAACAGAGGACUAAAACAGAAUAAAACUUCAAACAUUAAAAACUUCUCUAAACAGGGCUGCCUUCAGAUGUCUUCUAAAAGUCAGAUAGUUGUUUAUUUCCUUGACAUCUGAUGGGAGGGCGUUCCACAGGGCGGGCGCCACUACCAAGAAGGCCUUCUGGGCCUCACUUCUCGCAGUGAGAACUAGGGAGUGACCUCUCCAGACAAUGGAACGACUCUUCUUAUCUCUGUGGCUGUGAUCUCCUGGGUGGCGCGGAUACUGUUAGACAGCUGAAUGUGCAUGCAUUCUCCAUCUGUUUCCCUCUCUCCCACCACCUCCUCUGGGCAGCCCUGGGCACUGGCAACUCACGCUAUGCCACUGAGUGCUGGAAGCUCCUGUUUACUCCAUGAUGGCCCCAUAUUUUUUUUACGGGGAGGGAAUUUUUUAAUGGUAUUUUCAGCAGUGACAACAUAAAAAUAUGACAGCAAGGAUAUAGCAAAAGAGGAGAGCAGAAAGGAAGGAAGGAAGGAAGGAAGGAAGGAAGGAAGGAAGGAAGGAAACCAUACAAAACAGGAUUAAACGAUCUCCCAUUCCCAGAAUGUACAUUAUAAAACUCAAAGCAUUAAACCUCCAGACCACCACAUUUUAAGUAAACCUAAAAGAAAAUGAGUUCACGGACAGGCUAUGAUUAUGGUCCCAUCUUUGAGCUAUCUUCUAGCCUUGAGGUGGCCUGACUCUUUCCUUUCCUCCCAAGGAGUUUGGCGUGGAAGUCCUGGGCAUGGAUCUUUCCCACAACAUGGUGGAAUUGGCUUUGGAACGAGCGCAAAAGGAGACUGGAUCCUUGGUAAUGAUGAGGGGAAAGGGAGAGGGAACCAAAGGAAGCUGCCCUAUUAUACUAGUUAUACCUAUUUCAGGUCCACCUGACUGAUAGGGGGCUCUCUGGGGUUUCAGGUAGGGUAGACAUUCCCAGUCCUACCUGGAGAUGCUAGGAUUGAACCUGGGACCUUCUGCACGCAUUGCUGAUGUUCCAUCACUGAGCUACAGCCCUUCCGAAUUAAUUAAAGGGAAUUAAAGGGCAUCUAGACUGUAGCAAACUGGCUCAAUCUCAUGUCAGCAAAUUCAUGUUAAGCUGUUAAAGCUGAUUUGGUGCUUUGGGGCAACAAAGAGAUGGGGAGAGAUUCGUUUUUGUUUGCAUUUAAACGAGAAACUACCCAACUUGCACUUCUCAAAUCAAUACUCAAACCAGAAUACAGCUGUCCUUCACAAAUGCUCACUUCUCUGAGUUUUGAGUUGCAGUUCUCCAACCAAGAACUGUGUACAAGCAUGCACACAUCAGUAGCAAGUGUGCAUAGAAUGCGCAUAUUCAUGCAAGCAACAAAUAUAUUUUAUAUUAAUUACGUGCAAAAAUAUGUACAAAACUGAAUGCAAAAAUGUGUGUAUUAGGAAGAAAUUUGCACUAAAAUACUGAUGAAUUUUCAUCAAGAUUUUUUAAUGUUUAAAAAAUCUCUCAAAUUGCUACGUAAUUCAUCCCAAAAAUUUUUUUAAAAAAAAUUCACAAAUUGAUAUGGAAUUCAUCAAGACUUUAAAUUGUUUUUAAAAAAUCACAAAUUGCUAUGGAAAUGCGGAGAACUGAAUUUAAAAUUGGAAGAAUGAGAAACUGAGACAAACUGAAAUUAACAGAUUGCUUCAUCCCUAACUGCUUCCCCUCCCCCAAACUGGACUUUUUGCAUUAAGGAAAGUUACAGGAAAAAGCACUGGGAAGUGUGGGAUAAUUCUAGUUUCAAAGAAACAACCUCCCCGAAAGCAGAACAGAAAUGAAUGCUCAUUCAAUAGCCAAUAUUGUUGAAUCUCCCUGCAAAGAUAUCAGGAUAAACAGGUCAUCUGGAAGCAGCUAAGCAAGUGAAGGCUGUGUACACACCAUACAUUUAAAAGUACAUCACUCCAUCCCCCUCCCCCCAAAAAUAAUAUUCUGUGAACUGUAGUUUGUUAAGGGUGCUGGGAAUUGUAGCUCUGUGAGGGCUAAACAGCAAUUCCCAGGAUUCGGGGGGAGGGGAAGAGCUAAAAAUGUAUGUUGUGUAGCUCUCUAAGUCAGCCAUCUAAAAGGGCAGAGCUCCAGUUUUUUUUCAUGGGAGCUUGGGUGAAAACACUUCCUAGGCCAGGAGUGUCCAAACUUUUUUCAAAGAGGGCCAGAUUCGAUGAAGUGAACAUGCAUUAGAGCUCACCAAAGUUGCUGAGCUUUUUUUUAGGAUUGAAGUUGUUGACCUUCUUUUACGAUUUUACCCCAGGAAAUUAACUGCCACAGGGGCCGGAUUAGGCCACUGGGCCAGACUUUGGACAUGCCUGUCCUAGGUGGAUCAGCUGCAAUGCUACUUAGUAGGAGAGGCUGCUGUUUGGAUUUCACUCCGAAACGUUCUUGUGCCGGCUCUGCUUCUAGGUGCAGUUUGAAAUUGGCAAUGCCACGCGAAGGACGUUCCCAGAGAACACCUUUGAUGUCAUCUACAGCCGGGACACUGUCCUGCAUGUGCCAGGCAAGAGUGCUCUCUUUGCAAAGUUCUUGGUGAGUCUCCUGCCUCUUAACGUGCAGAAAAAUACAAGCAAUUCAGCCUCGCAUCAUUGGGGGCAGCCCUCUGGCGGAAUCCAAAAACUGUGUUUUCCCCCAGUGCCCUAAAAUGAAGCAGCGCUCAGAGUACAUGGGAAACAGCAGUACUUUAUUUUAUCAAUGCCCUUAACAAGCGGUUCGUGCCCAAUGAGUUUGGUAGGGCCAGGCUUGCCAUGCGUCAGGAGAAACCCUGACCUGUCCUGGUUUUCGGGUGUAAAAAUGGUGUGAGGGGGGAAACCCGGAUGUAUGGCAACGCGAUGGAAAAAGCAGCAGAAACAGCUCCCAAAGCUCAACAAUUUUGGGUUCUUCCUUAAAAAAAAAAAGCUCACCAACUUUGCAGGUGUUAGGAAUUUUGCUUUUUGAAAUAUGGCAACCCCAGGUAGGGCAGAAGGCAGGGAGGCUGACAUUAGGUGGCGAUAGAGCCACUUACAUUCUGGUUUUGCCCCUAUCUUCCUUCCUGCUGAGUUCUGUGAGGAAACACACACAAACAGGAAGCAACCUUUGGUCUAAACGUAACAAAGGGCUUGUCCAGCUGCUACCCCCAGGAAAAACUGCUCUUUGGUGUUCAGUUGGAGCAAACAGCAAUCUAUAUUUUCCCCGGAUUGACGUUUGUUCCAAUUUAGCACUAAAGAGCGGGUUUUUCCCAGGCAAGGAUCAGGGCAAGGGGGAAACCACUCUGACUUGUGCUUUCCAGGCACACCUCAGAUGCAUCAUCAACACCUUUUGCCGUUCUAAUGCCUCUCUCCCAGGUGAGACCUUAGCUUGGAAAGAAAGCUUAGUCUAUAUUUUUCCACUGGCCUCCAGUCUUCCUUUCAGUACUCCAAGCAAUCAAAAUCCUACCAUUUAGCAACUUCUAGGGUUUAAAGAGUUCCCCCUUCCCUGCAAAUCUAUAACACCAUGCUGUGAACCUCCCUGAGAUCUAUGGAUAAAGAGUGAAGAAUAAGAAUAAGAAUAAGAAUAAGAAUAAGAAUAAGAAUAAGAAUAAUUAAUAAUAAUAUAAUUAUUAUAAUAAUUAAUUAAUAAUAGUAUGCAGUCAUACCUCGGGUUACAGCCGCUUCAGAUUGCGUCUUUAUGGGUUGCAGACCACCGAAACUCAGAAGUACCAGAACGGGUUACUUCUGGGUUUCGGCAGUUGCGCAUGCGCAGAAGCGCCGAAUCGCAACCCGCAGACGCAGGUUGCGAACGCUGUGGGUUGCGAACGUGCAUCCCGCAUGGAUCAUGCUUGCAACCCGAGCGUCCACUGUAAUUAUAAUAAUGGUAUUCUGGAUUCUGUCCCACCAGCGCCCUCUGCCCUCAGAUCUUACCCAGCCAUCUCUCUGUCUCCUCUCUAGUCGUAG